AUGGAUGCGACCUCGGCCCCGCACUAUAUCCCCCCGGAAAUGCCCGAGUACGGGGAGGCGAACCAUAUCUUCGAGAUGAUGCAGACCAUGCUGGAGCAACUCCUGAUCUACCAGCCCAAGGACCCCAUCCCGUUCAUGAUCGACCACUUGCAGCGAGACAGUGAUAACGUGCCGAAGAUUGUAAUAUUAGGUCCACCUGCCUCGGGGAAAACAACUAUAGCAAUGUGGCUUUGCAAACAUCUCAACAGCAAUCUCCUCACCAUGGAGAACUUGAUGGCAAAAGAAUUUUCCCAGCUGGCUGCUGAAGCCACAAGGCAUUAUCAGAAAUCCAAGAUAGUUCCCAGCAGGCUGCUGGUCAGACUGAUUCAGGAACGUCUGAAUGAUGAAGAAUGCAUCAGGCGGGGCUGGAUUCUGGAUGGUAUCCCUGAAACACGGGAGCAGGCUCUGAUGAUCCAGUCCCUUGGGAUCAUCCCCAGACACGUGAUUGUGCUGAGUGCACCAGAUACAGUCCUGAUUGAGAGAAACGUGGGGAAGAGGAUCGAUCCUCAAACUGGAGAGAUUUAUCACACCACUUUUGACUGGCCCCCGGAAUCUGAAAUCCAGAACCGACUGAUAGCGCCAGAGGGUAUCUCAGAGCUGGAGACGGCUCGGAAACUGCUGGAAUAUCACAGGAACAUUGUCAGGAUCAUGCCCUCUUACCCCAAAAUCCUCAAAGUCAUCAGUUCUGACCAGCCAUGUGUGGAUGUCUUCUACCAGGUUCUGACCUAUGUCCAAACCAACCAUCGAUCCAACGCCCCAUUCACCCCGCGGGUGCUGCUUUGUGGACCUGUGGGCAGUGGGAAAAGUCUGCAGGCUGCCCUCCUGGCACAGAAAUAUGGCCUUGUUAAUGUCUGCUGUGGGCAACUGCUGAAAGAGGCCGUGGCAGACAAGUCAAGAUUUGGCGAGCUUAUCCGGCCUUUUUUUGAAAAGAAGAUGGCAGUCCCUGACAACAUCAUCUUGAAGGUCUUGACCAAGCGCCUGAACCAACAGGACUGCAUUCAGAGAGGGUGGGUGAUGCAUGGCUACCCGCGGGACCUGGACCAGGCACACCUGCUGGAAAGCCUGGGCCACAAGCCCAACAGGGUGUUUUUCCUGAAUGUACCAUUAGAUUCCAUCAUCGAGCGGCUGACCCUGAGAAGAACCGAUCCAGUCACAGGAGAAAGGUACCACCUCAUGUACAGGCCACCCCCUACCAUAGAGAUCCAGGCCCGUCUCCUGCAGAACCCAAAGGAUGCCGAAGAGCAGAUCAAGCUCAAAAUGGAUCUGUUCUACCGGAAUUCCGCUGAGCUGGAGGGGUUCUAUACACGUGCCAUCACGAUCAAUGGGGACCAGGACCCAUACACUGUCUUUGAAUACAUAGAGAGUGGGAUCAUUAAUCCCCUGCCCAAGAAAGUCCCCUGA